GCUCAUUUCUUUUCUCCAAUUCAAAUUCACAACAAUCCAAUCAAUGCAUUUCUACUGUAAUAAUGCAUUUUUGCAAAUUUCCGUUUCUGAUACCUCUGCAAAACUCUGCUAAAACUUUCACUUCAUCUCUUUCCCUCUUCUCUACCUUUGAGUUCCAUUUAACCAAUCAACAAAGCUUUGAAGGACAAGAAUUUGACAGAGCUUACUGGACCAGGCGAAUUCAUAAGCUUUGUGCUAUUGACGGAAAUGUAGAUGAAGCUCUUCGACUCCUUGAUGAGCUUCGACUUCAGGGUUAUCAUCCCGACUCUCUCAAUCUCAGCAGCAUUAUUCAUGCUCUCUGUGAUUCCCAUCGAUUUUCCGAAGCCCACCAGCGAUUUCUUCUCGCCGUUUCUUCCCAGUCAACUGUCCCUGACGAGCGAACCUGCAAUGUCCUUAUUGCUCGCUUGCUUUACGCUGCUACUCCGCAAGAAUCUGUGCGUGUUAUUUCCGCUUUGUUCUACCAGAAGCCCCAGUUUGUACCUUCGUUAAUGAAUUACAACCGUCUCAUCCAUCAGCUUUGUACUUUAGAAAGAAAUAGAGAUGCCCAUCAGCUGUUUGUUGAUAUGAGAAAGAGAGGGCAUUCUCCUAAUGCUGUUUCGUAUACUACUUUGAUCGAUGGGUAUUGCGGGGUUGGCGAGGUUCGGGAAGCUGAGAAGCUGCUUGAUGAAAUGUCUGAGUGCGGAGUGAUACCUAAUGCGCUCACUUAUAGCGCUUUGAUUCGGGGGAUUCUUCGAAAGAGGGACAUUGACCAUGGAAAACAACUGAUUGGGAAGCUUUGGAGCGUGAUGCGCACUGAAGAGGAUAUGCAUGCAAACAAUGCAGCAUUCUGCAACGUGAUCAAUUGCUUGUGUAGGGAAGGGUUCUUCCAUGAAGUGUUUAAUAUUGUUGAAGAUAUGCCUCAGGGUAAAAGUGUGGUUCAGGAUUUUGUAUAUGCACAAAUGAUAGAUUCUCUUUGUAGAUUUGGGAGGUAUAAUGGGGCUGCUAGGAUAGUUUAUAUAAUGAGAAAACGAGGAUUUGAUCCAAGCUUAGUGUCAUAUAAUACAAUUGUACAUGGUCUCGUCAAGGAAGGCGAUUGUUUCAGGGCAUAUCAGUUGUUGGAGGAAGGGAUUCAAUUUGGCUACUUGCCGUCAGAAUUCACUUACAAAUUAUUGGUAGAAGGUUUGUGUCAUGUAAAUGAUCUUGUUAAGGCCAAGGAAAUUGUCAAUAUGAUGUUAAAUAAGAAAAACAAUGACAAAACAAGGAUUUAUAAUAUAUAUCUCAGAGCUCUUUGUGUUGUUGACAACCCAACUGAGCUUUUAAAUGUCCUUGUCACCAUGCUUCAAACUCAAUGUCAACCAGAUGUGAUCACCCUGAAUACUGUUAUUAAUGGCUUCUGCAAAAUGGGAAGAAUUGAAGAGGCUCAAAAGGUUUUCAAAGAUAUGAUGAUGGAGAAGUUUUGUCCCCCUGAUGGUGUGACGUUCACAACUGUUAUUAGUGGGUUUUUAAAACUCGGGAGGGUUGAAGAAGCUCUUGAGUUAUUGCAUAGAGUUAUGCCUGAAAAAGGUUUAAAGCCCAAUGUUGUAACAUAUAAUGCAGUUAUCCAGGGGUUAUUUAAGUUACAUCGGAUAGAUGAAGCUAUGGAGGUCUUCCAUAGCAUGUUAAGUGGUGGCAUUGUUGCUGAUUGCACGACGUAUACUGUUAUUAUCGAUGGGUUGUUUGAAUCCAACAAAGUUGAUGAAGCCAAAAGUUUCUGGAACGAUGUUGUUUGGCCCUCAAAAGUUCAUGACAGUUACAUAUAUGCAGCCAUUCUCAAGGGGCUUUGUCGCUCUGGUAAACUGCAUGAUGCUUGUGAUUUCUUAUAUGAAUUAGUAGAUUGUGGGGUUACUCUUUGUGUCAUCAAUUACAACAUUGUUAUUAAUGGUGCUUGCACAUUGGGCUGGAAGAGAGAAGCUUAUCAGAUUCUUGGUGAAAUGAGAAAGAAUGGACUAGAACCUGAUUCUGUAACAUGGAGAAUUCUGGAUAAAUUGCAUGGCAAUGUGGAAAAACAGUUCUGCGAGGAUUUGACAUGUAAUCAAGUGGGGGUUUAAGAUAAGCCGGUCGUUGAAAAAAUUUGGUCUUAA